AGAAAGCGUCAGAAUCUGGUAAAUCUUUGGACAGGAGAGCCAACGCCCCCUUCUCUCUCUAAUUAGCGGGAGUUGGAGCUGCCUCGGUGAUUCUGCUCGCGUGCUUGCUUGGUUUGGUGGAGUCGGAGCGAGCUCUCGUUUUAGUUGGUGGAAUUAGAGGAGGAAGAAGAGAGGAUGGCGGAAGAGGAGUCGAAGAAGGUGGAGGUGCAGGGCUCGUCGGAGACCGCACCGCCUCCGACGGAGCCCACGAAGGACGUUUCUGAGGAGAAGGCGGUGAUCCCGCCGCCUUCAGAGGAGAAGGCCGACGAUUCCAAAGCUCUGGCUGUCGUCGAGAAGAAUUCUUUGCGCAGGAGUCUACGUAGCAUCUUAUUACUGGAAGUGGUUGCGGAUACUCCAACAGAGAAAAGCACAGGGGGUUCGACAGAGAGAGUUGCUAUACUUGCAAGGCUUGAAACGGAGAAGAGAAUAUCUUUAAUAAAGGCAUGGGAGGAAAAUGAAAAGGUUAAAGUUGAAAAUAAGGCUGUGAAGCAGAUGUCAUCUAUUACUGCAUGGGAGAACUCAAAGAUGGCAGCUAUGGAAGCUGAGCUGAAAGCGAAAGAGGAAGAAUUAGAAAAAAUGAAGGCGGAAUAUGCAGAAAAAAUGAAAAACAAGGUGGCCAUGAUUCACAAGGCAGCAGAAGAGAAGAGAGCAUAUGUUGAGGCUAAGCGUGGCGAAGACAUCCUGAAGGCAGAGGAAACGGCUGCGAAAUACCGGUCCAAAGGGCUUGCUCCAAAGAAGAUUUUUGGGUGCUUUGGGGCCUAGGAUCCGGCUAGAAAGAGGGGAUUUGAUGGUACAAUCCAGCUCUGAUCUGUUUGUUUCUUUCUAUGUUUUUGUCUGUGGGUUGUGUUGAUUUAGCUAAAACUUUGAUGGGAAAUUCCAGCGUCUGGUGUGUGAAGGGUCAUGUUCUUGUAUAUAGUUCUAAUCUACAAGAACGAAAAUUUGGUUCUGUACAUUAGUAUUCUUUUUAGUUUGUGGAAAAAGUGAAAAAAUACAUUCAUGUGUGCAUUUAACACCACAUUAAAUUAUUUGCUA